AGGGAGAGGUCAUAGACUUGACCGGAAAGACGGGAGACAAGGUGAAGAAGGGAAUAAAAAACCUGCACGAACGGGUGCACGGGGUCAAUAAUAAGAUAAAAAAAGUAGAGAAUGCACUAUUGGUAAUGCAGGCGCAAGUUUCCCGCCCCACCCUCCCGCCCCAAGAGGCCGUAGUAUCGGCAGCAGUAGCCAACCGAGGAUACGGUAGGAAGGAUCCGGCAAAUGAGCAGUGCUGAUAUUGCACGAUGAUCGGUCACUUUGUGCGGACCUGCCCAAAACUCAACCACGAUAUUAUGCGACAGAGAUGCAACAGGUCCCUUAAAGGCGAAAUUUUCGGACCCUAGGGGGAGCGAAUAAACUGAAAUUCGCUAGGUGGGAUGCGGCGUGCCGUCAUCAUCCUGAAUAACCUGGAUAUAGCCGCCGUAGAAGCCGAGCUCGUAGCCGACAUUGUUUGGGAUCAGCCGCGGGGUCGCGGACCACAAGUCAAUUUCAUCCUAGAGAGUAAUGGGCAGGAUAGGGUGAACAUCACCACCCGGCGAGCAGGGGCGGAAAGAAAACUUAUUCGAGAUAUGGUAAUGGAGGAGGUUGCGGGAACCAGCGCAAAUCAAGGCGAGCCCGAGACCGGGGAGCUGGAAAAAGUCUACGGGAAAACAAGGGAGGAAGAGUCGAUAGACAAAACCACAGCGGCAAAGAAGAAGUUCAAGUACCAAAUCCCGAUCUUGACCAUGCCAGAAAUCGACGACACCCUGAGCAAAUUGCGAGUUAAGGCAGGAAUCAGAGAGUCGAUCUGGUCAUUUCAGCGGAUGAAUGUGAUGGAAGAAAUGGACCAUGACAUAAUCCUCGAGAGACCAUGGUGUGCCGACGUAGAAAUGAUAGGCAUGCACCUGCACGAUGGCACGUACAUGGUAGACAUAGAGGAUCCCGUAACCGGCGGGGGAGAGCUCCUCCGACUCCUUGGGACCGGAGGGGACCCUCCGAAGGGGAAAUUGGCAACUUGGUCACCAACAUUCGAAGAUAGUGCGCGAAAAGGAGCAUUUGCCCGGAUGAAAGGUAUGAGAGAAAGAGUGGAAAUCAUGAUAGAAGAGGCCUUUAGCAAAAAGGAAUGGAUCAAGAUGGGCCUACCUCUGAAGAAAAGGAGGCAAGAAUAUGAGAUUCUAGGGGUCAUGGUGGCAGAAAAGGAGCCGAAAGUUGAACUCGGGGCCAGUCUGCCUAAACCGAAGGAGUGUCGGAAGGAAACGCCGGAAGUAACGCUCGAAGUUCCGAACCUGUUGCAACUUAUUACGGUUAUCAAGUACCACAAAGUAGGAGUGGACCCGGUAGCACUUGCCAAAUUCGAGGAUGAGGUCCGAAAGGGCUACUGUCUGAACGAGAAGAUAUUCGACUACAAUGUCGAGCAAAUUGUGGGGCUUCGGAACAGGGCAGACGGGCUAAGUCGGGUCUGCAUCACGCCGGAAGGAACAGAGGACGCGGAACCAAUCGACGCCUUCCUAGAAUACGAAGGAGGAACCCUCGUCAUAGAUAAUGAGAUGAUGAACCUCGCAUGCACACCAGGACAGUUGUUGAUUCAGACCCUGGAAAAAGGGGCGCCUGCCGUAGUUGCGGAACUUAGGGAAGGGUCAGUCACCAUGAUUAGACGAAAAGAUGAGAAGGAUUCGUGGGGGGCAACAGUGGGACUAAAAGAGGAGCUGAUGGCGAUGGCCGUUGAAGGAGGUCGGGACGCCGUGAUGUAUAUCUUGGAUGCAAGAGACAACCUUAGUGGUUACGUAGAGGCAGUGGCGCUUAAAAGAAAGACGGGGAAGGUAGCGGCCGACUGGGUAGAAGACUUCUACCUAAGGCACCCCUUCAUUCGAAGGUUCAUAGCGGAUAAUGGGACGGAAUUCGUAAACUACGAGGUGUUAAGCACGCUUAAGACGUUGUGCGUACCUAUCAAGAUCAUUGAGCCAUAUCAUCCUGAGGCCAACGCGCCUGUAGAAAGGGGGCACCGGAUGUUGAAAAACACAAUUGCUAAGCUAGCGGUAGAUGACCUCGGGAACUGGCCUCGGUACCUUAAGCAGGCGGUCUUCGCAGAGAACAUGGCGCCGAAAAGGACGACGAGAUGCAUUCCGACAGAACUCUGGUAUGGAAGGGAGAUUGAUUUCCCGAUGGAAGCAUUGGUAUCUACCUGGAACAGGCUAGACGACAAUUCGCACAUGUCUACAGAGGAACUAAUCACCGCGCGAUGCCAACAGGUCCUUAGAAAUGAGGAAGCCUUGCAAGAUGUUGUUAAGCGUGUGAUGGAUAGCCGAAUGAGGGACAAAGCAAGGUGGGACCAGGUCAAGAACAUCCGGAAGGAGUCGCUCCAGGUGGGGGAAAUGGUACUAGUUAGGAAUUCGGCAUUGGAAAGCACAUGGUCAGGACAACUGGGAAGGAGAUUCAAAGGCCCCUACCGGGUCGCUAAGCGGGUGGGGCUGAACACCUUUGAGCUUGAGGAUCUUGAUGGUACUGGGUUAAAAGGGUCAUUCCCGGGACAGAGGUUGGUCAAAUUUUUGAGCCGGGACCCGGUGAAGCAAUGGUUGCAGGAAGCUCAGGACAAGGAAGCAGGGGAAUUGACAACUUGAAAAGCACGCAGAUGGAUUGUAAUCUUGUACCGUCCCUCUACGGAAAUGAUAAUGAUUGUAGAGGUUGUUAUUGUUUGUGUCGU